AUGUCUAGCAGCUCUCAGCUAUAUCGGGCAGCUAUGUUGUCAGGGCCAGAAAAACUGGCUGCCGCAACUAGUCUCGUCAAUAAAUUAACGCAAGACCUUAGCUCAAGCACACUACUUUCCCAUCAGAGAGAUGCGGCUUUGGAAGAGCUUAAAAUAUAUGGUCGAGACCCUCGGAAUGCCGACCCAAUAUUCACGAAAGAUGGUAUCGAGAUGCUCACCCGACAUGCUUUCGAUAGCUCCUCCAGUACAACUUCGAGGAACGCUUUACGCUGUUUAUGCAAUGCUCUUUAUCUUAAAGCAGAAACUCGGCAGUUUUUUGUAGACCUAGGCUACGAGGCCAAAGUCUGCAAUAAACUAAAGAACGAUAGUCCUGACGACGAGUUCCUUGUCUCAAGGCUGUUACUCCUUACCACUUAUGACACUGACAUAAAGCUAGAGCGACUGAUUGACGAGUAUCAACUUGCUGAUUCCAUGACGAAGCACCUAGAACGCCACGCUGAACAGUUAAACGACGAAAAGCCAACCACAGACCCUAUGCACAUUAUGGCUCUCACGGAAACUGUCAAGCUCCUAUUCAAUAUCACCUUCCACUGUAAAGAGAAGGCUUCAUCAUUGACCCAGGCCAUCCCACAUAUCGUCACCUUGCUGUGCAAAGGCUUAUACCAAGUUAGCAAACCGUUGGAUCCGCCAAUAGGUCCCUUAGUGAAUGCUCUCAUCAAUUUGGACUUGGGCGCGAAGGACGUCCAGUCAUCUCUCUGCCCAUCAACCAAACCCACCAUCUUAUCAGAUCGUCUAAUUAGCCUACUUAAUCAAUCAAAGACAGCAUAUCAAGACGAGGAACUUGAAAACGCUGUAGCACCCCUCCUUGCGGCAAUACGAGUGUUGUACGCCCACGCCCCGCAAGAUGUGCAGGUUUCCAUUCGGCAAAAGCUCUUACCCACAGAAGACGACAGGAAUGAAGUCCUGGGAAGUAGUUCCUCACUACCUUCCUGGCUUCUCAAGAACUCAACCAACGCCAUGGCGCCUAAGCUUCGAGAGACGAUCCCCAUCUUAUUGUUUGACCUUUCAGACAAGGAUGCCUCCAAGUUUAUCGAGAAUGUUGGAUAUGGGUUUGCCUCGGGGUUUCUCUUCAAUCAGAACAUUCCUAUUCCUGAAAAUGCUUCCAAGGCCAUCCGCGGCGAUGCAGGUAGUUCUGAGAGGCCAAUCAACCCAGUGACUGGGCAGUUUCUGGAUUCUGAGAGACACGCUGAUGUGCCUGAGAUGACUGAUGCUGAGAAAGAAAGAGAAGCUGAGAAAUUAUUCGUACUUUUUCAACGGUUGCAAGCAAAUGGUGUGAUCUCUGUUGAAAACCCGAUCCGGACUGCCGUAGAGCAGGGACGCUUUGAAGAACUACCAGACGAUUAUCAGGAAGAUGUUGAUUAA